GCUGUUGGAGGGACGGCGGUGAUCACACGUCCGCUGCUGGGAAGAAGUUGAUUCCCAUUUCAGGCCAUUAUCAGAAAAGCUAAGUUUGCUGCAUAGUAAGGAUCAGAAGGCCUGAUCCUGAUUACAGAAUCUUGGGUUGUCUCCCACCUCAUCCUUCUAUACCAUCCCAGAAGAUCUAUAAGAUUCAAUCUGGAAAAGCAUUAGAAGUUCUUAGAAGACCAAGAAGAAAGAGGAUUAUUGGUUGAAAUAAAAACAGGGAUGAAUGAGUUCCAGAAAGCAGGGUUCUCAAACUCGUGGACAACAACCUGCAGAAGAAGACAACUUCAAAAAACCAACUAGAAGCAAUAUGCAGAGAAGUAAGAUGAGGGGAGCCUCAUCAGGAAAGAAGACAGCUGGUCCACAGCAGAAGAAUCUGGAACCAGCCCUCCCGGGUAGAUGGGGUCGCUCUGCAGAGAAUCCCCCUUCUGGAUCCAUGAGGAAGACCAGAAAAAACAAGCAGAAGACUCCUGGAAAUGGGGAUGGUGGCAGUACCAGCGAAGCCCCUCAGCCACCUCGGAAGAAAAGAGCCCGGGCUGACCCCACUGUUGAAAGCGAGGAUGCAUUUAAGAAUAGAAUGGAAGUUAAAGUGAAGAUUCCUGAAGAAUUAAAACCAUGGCUUGUUGAGGACUGGGACUUAGUUACCAGGCAGAAGCAGCUGUUUCAACUUCCUGCUAAGAAAAAUGUAGAUGCCAUUCUAGAAGAGUAUGCAAGCUGCAAGAAAUCACAGGGAAAUGUCGACAAUAAGGAAUACGCAGUGAAUGAAGUUGUUGCGGGAAUAAAAGAAUACUUCAACGUGAUGUUGGGCACUCAGCUGCUCUACAAAUUUGAGAGGCCCCAGUAUGCUGAAAUCCUCUUGGCUCACCCUGAUGCACCCAUGUCCCAGGUUUAUGGAGCACCACACCUACUGAGAUUAUUUGUAAGAAUCGGAGCAAUGCUGGCGUAUACACCCCUUGAUGAGAAGAGCCUUGCAUUAUUGUUGGGCUAUUUGCAUGAUUUCCUAAAAUAUCUGGCAAAGAAUGCUGCAUCUCUGUUUACUGCCAGUGAUUACAAAGUAGCUUCGGCUGAGUACCACCGCAAAGCCCUGUGAGGGUCUACUGACCACUCACUAUUAUGUCUGGUAUCUGUAAACACUCUUUUUGUUCUUAGUCUUUUUCUUGUAUAAUUGAUGUCCUUUAAAAUUGUUACUGUAUAACAGGGCUUAUAUUUCAGUUUUUCUGUUUUGUUUUAAACAGAAAAUAAAAGGAGGAGUACAAGCUCCUUUUCUCAUUUCAACAUUGCUACCAGUGUACGCAGUAAUUAGACAAAAAAAGAAA